AUUACCCAAUUACCAAGUAGAAACUCUGGUGUCCUCUUUAACAUCUCUUUGUCUCUACCAUUUAGUCAGCUAAAGUGAUCCACUUGAAGAACCUCAAGGAUGUAUAAUAAUGUGAUCCACUUGUAUAAUUCCUCAAAGAUGAUUUAUUAUCUUCAGGAAAAGACCCAGUGGCUUAGCUUACAAAAGGAGGUCUGCUGUGCUCUAGCCACAUCUUUCUCCACUCAGCCCUUCUUACUCUGUCUUGUCUUUAGCUCCCACCACAGUCAUACUUUCUCAGUGUUUGGGCCUUUGCACUUUUGGAUUUGCAGUCUGACCAGAUCUCAACAGAUAUGUUUAAUUCACCUGAUCUGCUCAGACUCAGCAUAGAUAUUGUCAUCUCAGAAACCGAGAAAUUUCCCAAACCCUAAGAAAUAGGUUAGAGUUUUUGCAAAGUGCCCAGUGCUUAUUAUGUCCAAACAUUCACCACUUCCUGAAGUAACUGUAAUUUCCUGUGUGUUGUUUUGUUUUGUUUUUUGACUUCUCUAUUAUACUUAAUGUUGUGUUGUUGGUUUUUUAAGGGCAGGUAUUGUUUCUUGUUCACUGUUGUAUUUCCAGAACUUAACAUGUAAUACUACCUUUAUCAGUAAUAAUACUGUAAUAGUAACAGCACCAGCAAUAAUAAAUGCAAGCAGGCAUUUAAUAAAUAUUUGUUAAGUGAAUGACUAAGUAGCUCUACUGUCAGGUUGUGGAGGCAGAGUCCUACACAAGAUAUUUCUUUGGUUCUUAUUUACUCCUUGUAGUCUACUCUGACUCCUAGCAACAAGGCUAAAAAUUGAGAUUCGUUGCUAGGGAAGAAAGGGAGAAUAGAAAUUUGUCAGAUAAUAAGCAGUCUCUGCUGCAGACGUCUUCUAAAAGGAGAUAACUUUCAAGCUCUGCUUUAAUUCAAAUGCCAUUGAAUAGACAAAGAUAAGAAGGACUUUACUAUCAGAACAGCAUAAGCAAAAUUAUGGAAGAUGAGUUUGUAGCUGGUUUGGAGAGCAGGGAUUCUCGUGUGGUUAGUGUGACUGACAAUCAGAUAAGUAGGAUGACAUCUGAGAUCUCUUUCCUCUAAAAUAGUGAGCUGCAGAACCAAAUAUGUGGGAAAAAUUAAAUAAUCCAAAUUUCCCUUCAAUUCCUUUCCAUCAAUUUAUCACUUGAUGGCAUCUGUUUCUUAUUGUCAGCCUUUCAGAAAGGGGAACUAGAGUAAGUUUAUGUGAACACUGUAUGUUAGCAAAAUAUAUACAUUUGGUUUCCCUAAAUAUAUUCUUCUGCCAGCCUGCCAUACGUAGUAUCUGAAAUUCCUAUGAUUGAUUAGUUCUUUUGAGUUUUUCCCAGCCAAUAAAAUAGUCCCUGUAUUAAUGGCCAGGUAGGUGUGACAAGGAGAGAAGUAGAAAGCAGAGUGGUUUGCUGGGGGCUUGAAUUAGUAUUUCUGCAGGUUAUGCUGUCAUAUAUUCUGUCCAUGUUAGCUCCUUGCCAAAGGUCAGAGGCCUACCUGGCCUCUCUAGCACCUUUGUAAAUGGCUUGGCAACUAUGUCCUCAUUUUGACUGGUGUCAAUCUCAAAGAAUGUUGACUGAAUCAAUGCAUAUUUAAAAUGCUUUAUUGUAUGUCAUAAUUUUUUUUUUAUUCUAUUUGCCUUAUCUCCCACCUUCCACAGGUAAUCAUGUUAUUUAUGUAAUUGCAUGAACCACAUGUUUUUGCUUUCAUUUUGAUGGUUAGUGUUUUAUAAGAUAAUGGGUUUGUUUCUGUGCAUAGCAAAGUGAUUCUAAUUUGGAAAAAGUAUUUUGAAUUUAGAACUUUUGUAUCUUAUAAUUUUAGGGCUCAAGCUGUCUGGUACACAAAGUUACAUAAAACCCAGGCUGUAUAGUUUUACAAAUUAAAACUAAGUUUUUUUUUUUCCCUCGGACAUAUUUACACAUAAUUUUAUACAAGCAACUUAACCAAAACAUACAGUAUAUAUGAGGGUUUCAAGGUGUUCUAGAUUAUAUUACAACUUUUCUUGGUAAGGAUAGGGCCACUAAGACUCAGAGUUCCUAGGAUAAAAGUUGAAAUGUACCUGAUUGGUUUAGUUCUGAACUUUAUUGAUGAGGCCAUGAAUCAUCUUAAAACCAUUUACAGGGCAAAGCAGGAGUACCCAGGUUUUAAGGGCACAUUAUAGCAGGUAAAGGAGAGAGAAUAAGCUUCUGAGAAAUUAGCUGAUGUCCGGACUCAAGGAGAGUAUGGCAGCAAUCCUUUCUGUUUCUGUGCAUAUUCUUGGGAGCACCAUUUACUCCUUUAAACCCUUCAUUUUUCAAUCAUUGACUGUGGAGAUAAAUUCCACUUAAUUUGUAUUAAUGAAAGUGGUGCUUUUUUUGGUGACAGAACAUUAGGUUCAGACCUAAUUAGCCACAUUGACCCAUCUUCUCAUAACCUUCCUUCCUACAAGGAUUUUUGUAUAAGGGACACUGAGCUUCCUUAAAGGAGGAAUGCAGUCCAUUUUAAAGCCAGAAAUAAAAAUAAGCCUUGGUCAUUUUGUGAGAAAAAUUUUGCAGCCUGCUUUUCACUUAAUUGCCAGUGAAGAUGACCAUAGGAUCCAAGGAACAACAGCCCAUGGAUUUUCCCAUUAUUCUGAAACAUCAAUCAGACAAGGAGUUUCCUUUAGCAAAAUAUCCACAGAUGAAGAUACAGAUGAGAGCCGGACACUGAACUCAGAGAAACUGGAGAGGCUGGCGUCAGCUGAAAAAAGCAAUUCUGAUCUUUCAUUUUUAGUUGUGAAGAAUAACUUAGGAGAAAAGCAACUUUUUGUUGACUUAGGUGUUUAUACAAGAAAUAGAAACUUUCGACUGUAUAAAUCAUCAAAAAUAGGAAAGCAUGUGACUUUGGAGAUUGCUGAAGAUAACAAAUUUGUUCCUAAACAGUAUAAGAAUGUUUCUGAAGAAAAUCAGUAUUUCCUCUCCUCUCUGGUCAGCAAUGUCAGAUUCUCAGAUACUUUACGAAUUCUUACAUGUGACACACCUCAGAUUAAAGAAAAAGGAGUGGAAUAUUUUAACAGUGCCAACACUUCAGUGGAAACCAUUGAAGGUUUUCAGUGUUCACCCUACCCUGAAAUUGAUCACUUUGUUCGUUCUUUGGUGAAUAAAAAUGGCAUUAAAGGAGGAAUUCGGCGUUGGAACUACUUUUUCCCAGAAGAAUUACUGGUUUAUGAUAUUUGUAAAUAUCGCUGGUGCGAAAACAUUGGAAGAGCCCACAAGAGUAACAAUAUCAUGAUUUUAGUUGAUUUGAAAAAUGAAAUUUGGUAUCAAAAAUGUCACGACCCUGUAUGCAAAGCAGAAAACUUCAAAUCUGAGUGUUUUCCGUUACCUGCUGAAGUUUCUUUGCUGUUUCUCCUUAGAGAGGAAGAAGAGUUGAUGACAGAUCAAAUAACAAACAGUGAAGCCAAGAACCUUCAUAAACCAUCUAGUACAUUGUCAACAGAGAUAUCUUCUGAUGCCAAUUGGAAUGAUGACACUGAUGAUACUUAUUUUUUGGAAGCCACUGAAGACGCUGAACUAGCUGAAGCUGCAGAGGGCAGUCUUCUCAGUUAUAAUAGUGGCAUGGAUGAAAUUCCUGAUGAACUAAUUAUAGAAGUAUUACAAGAUGAAAAGAGUAGCUAAUUAACCAUGGACACUUAUAGAACCAGGUAAUUAAUUUGCCUGAAGGCACACAUUAACUUCUUAAUAAACAGGUUUAAAGCAACAUUUUAAUUUCUACAUCUUAGGUUUUACAGAAAACUUGCUUCAGUGUACUUCAGUAAGGAAUGAAAUUUUUAAGCCAAGUUGUUAUAUGUUUGGAGACACUAACCAGGAAAGAUAAUUAUUACUACUCUAUAAACAAAUAACUAUGAACAUUAGGUAUGAUCAGUUAAUUUGAAUGAUGAGGAGAAACCUAUCUCCCCUUUCAAAAGUGCAGUUUCAGAAGACAACAGACAGGAGCAUGAGUCUAAUCUUCAUACAGGCACCUUUUAGUAGAUUCAUUGCUGGUCAAGGAGCUUCUCUAAUUGAUGGUUGAUACUUUGCAGAUGGUUUUCAGCUCCCAAAAGGGUUCUUGCUUUACAUAACAUAGCUGGAAGGCUGGAUAAAUCAUACUGUUGAAGGAAGAUAAGCAGGUAUUUUGAUAUGUUACACAGCUCUAAAUAUUAUGACAAAUGUCAGUUUUGAUAGCACUAGGAUCAUUAAGAAAAUUGGUUUCCUUAGGACACAUUUGUUAAUAUAAACUUGCAGAGGAAGUCUUUGCAACAUUUGAGCUGAUCUCAUCUCAGAAGACCAGUCCUUUCAAAUAACUGGCACCUGAAUUAUUUAACGGUCAUUCCUGGGGUAGGUCAGAAGUUGGUUUGGGGUCUGUUUGAUCUCAUGGCUACGAUUUAUCUACAAAAAUUGGUGAAACUUGACUGUCACUAGCUUUCAGGGAGGAACAAGGGGAAAAGCUAACAUUUGGGCUAGAUUUUUUAGUAGGAAAAGUAAGAUCCAGAUAUCUAAUCUGUAAAAUAAAAAGGAUAGAUGCUAGUAGAGAAGUCUAAAAAAGGGCACUGAGGGCAUGUAAAGAUGUUAGUAGGAAUUGUGUGUUUACCAAAUUCAGUCAGUGCUAUUAUUUUUCCAAGUUUAAUAACCAAAUCCCCACCUCAAGUAUUUUUAGAGCUUUUACUAUAUCAACGUUAGGCUCAGGAGAAUUAAAUUUUUAAUACUUUUCUAUAACUUAAUCAUUUUUAGGAAUCUGAGCUAGUUAUAAUAGCAGUAUGCCACAUUUUCUGUAUGUCCUUUUUAUGUUUCUCAACUUUCUGGACAAAGAGCAAAAGAAGUUGCUCUUUAAAAGAUCUGAGUGGUCUUACACUGAUUGCAAUUAUAAUGAAGGAAAGCACAGUUAUUCACUUGGGAUUGUAACAGGUAAACAUCCCUUGAUGAAAUUUAAUUCUCUAGAGCAUAAAAACCUUAAGUCAGCAUUUUAGAUUUUUCUCUAUUCCUGCAGCUUUCACUAAGUAGCUAAAAAAGUGACAUGACCAAUUUUCACUUGCUUUCUGAGUUGCAUCUACAUUUCUUUCCUGAAAACUGGUAUUUUACCAUGCAAAAGCCCUAUAUUUUCUGAAGUACAGUUAAAAAUAAAAAUGGAAGUUACCGUUUCCUUUACACCUGGUUUUUUCUCUUGAAUAUCUGAAUAAUCUUGAUGAAGUUGUUUUAAAUUAGAUAAGAAAUUUGCUGCUUUCUCAAGGAAGUUUUUUUCUCCUUAAGUUCAUCAUGUUUUGUUUGUAGUUGUUUCAGCUGUGGUUCUAACCUAAAACAAAAAUUUUCCAAAGUGUAACAGACCAUAGUGUAUGAGACUGAAUAUAAGUCUACUUAGGGGUUACUAUGGAUAAAUUACCUCCCUGUGCCUUUAAUGCAAAGCAGCAGCAAGUUAGAUUUUUCACAUGUCAAGUUAAAAUAGUGAUGAAUCCCAUUUUUCUCUUACUAUGUCUUUUCAAAAUAUACUUCUCAACUUCUAAGAUUAAAUUUAGAACAGUAACACAAAAGGCUGAUCUGUAAAAUAUGCCUGCAUGAUCUCACAUUGACAAUUGUAAAGACCAGGGCCUUACAUAGACAUAACCUACUUCACAGGAUUAUGAUGGUUAAUGAGAUUUAGGACAGUGUCCGGCACGUGGGAAACUUGAGACUUGUCUAUCACUUUAUUACUUUGAAUUUUAUAUUUCUUGCCGUGAGCCAAUGAAAAGUAUCAUAGGCCUGCAAAACAAGUGGAAUAACAGCCAACUUCUAAACUCCUGUAGCAAACUACUUAAUUUCAUCUUUCCUGAUAAUACCACUAUCAAGCUAUUUUAAAACUCCUUAGGAGCAGAGAGCUUAUCUGAUACUGCUUAUUACACUGCUUUACCAACAACCCGCCAAUUUGCAUAACAGACCUAGAUUUAUAGAAGACUGCUAAGAAAUACUAGCUCUGUGGCUGAUGUGUGCUCCAGCCUUCCUAACACUUGAGAAUGAACUCCUGUAAGUGCCAUGGAAAAAUUAGGUUUGAAUAACAUUGACAAAAAAUGUUACCAGUUAGUCACCGUGAAGCACUUCUGUGUAUUUACUCAUUAAUUCUCACAAUACCUAAUGUGGUAUAUAAUUACUUUGCUCAUUUACAAAUGAGGAAACUGACUACUAGGAGGUUAAGUAAUCUGUUUAAGGCUGCACAGCCAGUACGUGGGAGGGCCUUGAUUCCAACUCAGGUAGUCUAGUUUCAGAUUUUCUGCAUUAAACCUCUAGUAAGACUGCCACUGAGGUUAGGGUGGCGACAUCUGACAGCAGGUAGAGGAGUGCUAGUGAAAAAGCUUCAACCUAGAAGCAUAACUUUCCUUCAUUGUGUUUCCAGGCUGUCGUGGAUAACAGGGUUUUAAUGCAACAUAGCUGCAAGUUUUACUAGUCCCACGUAACACAAAUUAAUCGUGUAGGAAUAUUCUCAAAGAGGUUUUUGGUAAUAUCUUACCGAAGCAGUUCAUCCUGGAUUUCAAUCAAGCGCUGCCUUUUCUUUUCAGUAUCUGAAAUUAUCUAAAUACAAUUUUCUCUUAAUUUUUUUUUAAAUGUUUGAGCACCUACAGUGUCAGUGUUGGAAUUACAGUAGGAAACAAGGCAGACCCAAUUCUUAACUAUCAUGCAAUUUAGUCUAACAGGGAAGACAGGCAUUACAUACCAACAGUAAGUAUGCAGUUAUAACUUGUGAUAUGUGCUAAUGAUGGAAAAGAACAGGGAACUCUGAAUAAGAAUCACAGGGAUAUUACUUCAGGAAGGCUUUAAAGAGGAAGUGGGGGCCAGAUCUUGAUCCUUGGAUAUAUAAAACAAGGACUUUAGGAAAAAGUUGGUACACUAAGAAAAUAUUAAAAGCUGGGGAACAUCAUGGUCCAGUUUGUACUUGAGAUAAAUAUCUCAAUCACCACUUUUAGUGACUGACAUUCCAUUGCUGAGGCAGGCAGACAGUUCCCACAUGCAGAAAUCACCAAUCAGAAUUAUACACUAAUGAAAGUACAUACAUUUUAAAUCCAUUUCUAUUAUAAACAUAGAAGGAGAGCUGGUCUUUUGUUCCUGGAGUCACACAAGUUUAAAGCUAGAACUGCAGAGGUCAUUUGGCCUAACUCUAAGCUUCCUGGAUUGUUUCUCCUUGCACACUUGCUGUAUAGUUUCUCGGUGCUGCAGCACUAAAGUAGCAGCAGCACCAGGAUGAGAAGACUCAUGACCCUCUAUUCUACAAGAUUUUUCUUUUGGACAGCCAUAGGAGUGAUACAUGGACAUUUACUUAAUCUUUUAUCCAUAUAAGUGGUAAUUCUGAUAGUCAUUUAUAAGCUAACUUUGGGACUAGAGAUGGCUCAAAUUUCUCUCAUCUUAUAAAGACAGGGCCUCCCUGAUGGUGUUGGGCUUAAAUCUCAGCACUAUCACCGCUGUGGCCUGAGUUCAAUCCCCAGCCAGGGAGCUAACCCACAUACAGUGCAGCAGACUUCUCCUGUCUUGCCCCCUGCUCCCCUCAGCAGUGUAUUACGGUAGAGCCGCACGUUCUCCUCCCCACUCUCUCUCUGGUGAAUCCUCUCACCCCCCCGCACCUCAAGCCUACACCCCAGUUCUUGUAUGCAUAAAUAAUAAAAAUAAAUCUUUGUUUAAAAAAAAAAGGAUUACAAGGACAGUCUGGAAGCCUUAGGAAACAAAGAUGAUUAGCAUCCCCUUAACUUGCAUUAAUAGUACUCAUGCAAUCUACCACAAGCACAGUCAAAUAAAAGCCUAAUUAAAAAGAUAGAAAAUCUUUAUUAAUUUCAAAGGUCAUAAAACCUAGAAUCAAGUCAUUACUUAAACCUACAUGUCAGUAUGUUAUGUAACUACAUUCCCCUAAUCACACAAGUGAUUUACCUUAGCAUUCUUCCUUUUCAGAGUUUUUACCAUCUGGACUUCUUUAAGCUACAUAAAACAAAAACAAAUAUUUGCAUGCAUUCUCUAAAAUGAAACAUUUUUUAGUUUAACAUUUAUCACAUUUAGCGUAAAAACAGCAUGUGAAGUAUGAGUAGGUCUAAUAAGUUACUUACUAAAUUGCCGGCAAAUGCAAGCUUUUCUAAUAGUAUGAUGUCUCCAGAUUAGUAAGUAAGAAUUUAGACCAAUAAAUUGUCUCAAUGAACUUACCAUUUUGAUGAGUUCUUCUUUAAUAUUAGAAUGAAAUUUAUCGAUGGCAUCCUUUAAAAUUUUAGAUUCUAUUUUUUGUCUAUGGGGAGUAAAACAAAAUAAUGAUCAAAUUAGUUAUAUACAGCAUUUUGAAAGGUAUGUUUCAUGUGCAAUUUGGCAUAUACCUUUUGAAUAUCUAACAUGGUAAUAAUGGUCAGCCUACAGCCCUUUCUCAGUCUCAAAUACUACAAGUAUCUCAAGAAAAAGAAAACGAGAACUAUUUCCCCUUAAACUCUAGGGUACAUGGUCAUCGUAUCUCUGUGCAGUGGUCAUGGCCAGAGAUGUUACCAAGGAAUGUAGAAAUAAAUACUUAGAACUAUUCCCAAUCUUUUCCUGCUGUCUUGUCCAGUCACCACAGCCCUUAACCCCUCUGUCUGCUUACAACCAGAGGAAUAACUGUGUAACACAUCUGAACUAGCCAACAGAAUGAAAAGGUAGAAAAAUUUGCACAUCAUCUCACAAGAGGUUAAGAAUGUGGAGAAACUGGAAGCCUCGUACACUGAGGAUUGUAAAAAUAACUGCUAUGAGAAACAGUGUGGAGGUUCCUUAAAAAACUAAAAAUAGAACUACUUUAUGAUCCAGCAACACACUUGUGGAGAGACACAGAUACACACAAAAAGAACUGAAAGCAGGACACUGAAGAGUUAACUGCACACCCACUGUAAGUUACAGUACUAUUCACCAUAGCCAACGCAGAUGAAGAAAUUGUAUGUGUGUAUAAAAUUUAUAAGAAAUAAAUAAUUGUUCUUUGUCCCGGGUUCUGGCAUACAGCUCACACUCUUGGAAAUCCUAAGUGAUAAGAGCCAGGAAAGUAUUUUGUUACAUUAAUAACAUGACUUCGUAUGUACCCAAGAACAGGAACUGAUUGCCAGGAGAAUCCACCAUGUGAUUAGAGUAUUGCACUUUUUGUCUCAUCCCCCUAACCUCUGUGCCCCUGAGAUGAAACCUCUGUAGAAUCGCAAAAGGAUGAGGUUUGGAGAACUUCUAUGCUGACCGACACAUGGAGAUCUGGGGAUGGUGGUGCACUUCCAGAGGGUAUGGAAGUUCUAAGUCCCCUUCCACACACUUGCCCUGUGCAUCUCUUCCUCUGGCUGUUCCUGAGUUUUAUCUGUUAUAAUAAACUGGUAACUAGCAAGUAAAAAUGUUUCCCUGGGUGAACCACUCUAGCAAGUUAGUUAACCCCAAGGAGGGGGUCAUGGGAACUUGUAAUUUAUAUCCAGUUGGUCAGAAGCACAGUGACAACCUGGAUUUACUACUCGCAUCUGAAUUAGAGGACAGUCUUAUGGAACAUGUUAUCUCUGGGUGUCAAAAUUGGGUUGAAUUGUGGGAUACCCAGCUGGUGGCUCAGAAUUGUUAUGUUGGACUGAAGAAGUACUACAUACCAAAAGUUGUGGAAUGUGCAAAAGUGGUGCAUCUAGGGAAAUUUUGUAGGCAGUUACAUCACAACUUCAUGAGACUUACUUAUAUUCUAAGAAGACUGUUUCAAAUGCAGACAGAACAACAUCUAACUCCAUGAUGUCACUUGUUUUCUUUCCUUUCGGACACCAAAUAUGUACAUAGUCAGAAGUAUCUAGAACAUUAAGAUAAGUUAAUUUAUUAUCCUGUUAUCAAUGGUUUGGCUCUAAUUUCAGGGUUCUGAAAGCCCAAAACAAAAAUAGUUCCACCAAAUUGGUAACAAUGUAGUUGAAGAAAUGAGUUUGACUUCUUCCAUACGCUUUUUCCUAUUCCUGUGCAUUGUGUCACAGACCCCUGUCUGUAAUGUCUCUCUCAGCCAUCCUCUUGGUUCCCUUCCCCCUUUCUGAUGAAGCAGCCAAAAGCAAUGCUACUUUUUAAUUAUCUUGCUGCAUCUUUGUCUGCUGCUAUACAACACUACUCUUUAUUAACAGUAUUUUCUGAAUUUUAAUACACCUGAUAGGCCACUUCUAGAACACAUCAAGAUUACUCAGUGUAUUGAUGCAGCUGUAGUAAAAUACAGUAAGAUACUUAAAACUACAUGGCAUAUCAUGAAUGAAAUGUUAUGCAUUCAUUAAAAUGGUGUUGUGGAAUACUUAAUUACAAGUGCAUGAUCUGAAAAGCUCAGUAAAAAGAACUGAAUAACAGAGACCAAAAAACAGGGUGAUUAUUUUUGGGUGAUGGAACUAUAGCUGAUUUUAUUUUCCUUGCCAUAUCUUCUAAAUUUUCUAAAAUAAACACUUUAUAAUAAAAAUAUUUUUUUAAAAGAACUGAAGAAAGAAAAUUACUUUCUUCCUAAAUGUUUUUCAACAAACUAUCUUAUGUCAAUAAAAUUGACACAAAGCAACAUGGAUGAAUCUCAAAAAAUAGUGAGAAAGAAAACUAUGAAAAACAGUUGAUGAAAAAUUAAGUGGAUUAGUGGACAGGAGGUGAUAAAGCAAAAUAAAUGUUAAUAGUAAAAUCUAUGUGGAGGGCCUCCCUGGUGGCGCAGGCAGUUGAGUGCAGUGCUGUGAAGCUGUUCACAGCCUCUGCAGCUCGGGUUUGAUCCCGGCCGGCCAUGGAGAUACCCACAUGGCACGGCAGACCUCUCCUGUCUUGCCCGCUGCUCCCCUCAACAGUUUAUUUCGGUCUGUCUGCUUGUUCUGCUCCCCGCUCUGUCUCUGUGAAUCCUCUCACCCUCUCGCACAUCUGGUCUUAUACCCCUGUUCUUGUAUGCAUGAAUAAAUCUUAAAAAAAAAAUAAAAUCUAUGUGGUGGGUAUAGGAAUAUGUACUGUGAAAUUCAUCUUUGUUGUAUGUUGAAAGUUUUCAUGAUAUGAUGGAGAAAACUGGUUACUCUAAAGUCAUAGUAUUAAUUUUUAAAGUGGCAAUUUUAUGUACUUGUAAUUUACUAAACAGCUUUUUAAAUAAAGAGUGACAAAGUA